AUGCCACCAAGAGGCUCGCACGCCGUCAACGGGCAUGCGAGUGGUGGCUCCUCGUCCAAAGCAACGCCCAUCUCCCUCUCCUUCACCCCCUCUCUGCGCUCCUCCCUCGCCCACCUACCCCCAUCAGUCUACUCCGCCCUCGUAGCGCGAGACAUACCACCGCAGAGCAUCGUCUUGCAAGUGACCCGGCGAAGCGAGAGCGACUCGAGGGAGGCUGCGCCCUCUUCGUCGGAAGGAUCAGACGAAGAGGAAGUUGAUCGACGGGAGAGAAGGAGGGACACAAUCUUCCUCGGAUGGUCAGGCCAGUCCAGCAAUCUAGACUCGACUCUCCUCCUUUCCUCGAGUCUCGCCUCGCUCUUCCAUCCCGCGGCCCUGCCCUCCUCCUCCUACACUCUCACGCUACUUCGCUCCCCCCCCCUCCCUACGGCCUCUCGCGUCGAACUCACCCCGCUAACGCCAGACGACUGGGAGCUGCUAAGCCAGAAUGCGGGGGCCGUCGAGGACAACAUGCUCUCUCAGGUACGAAGCGUCGCAACCGAGGGUAGGGUGUGCAUCUUCGUUGGCAGGGCUGGGAGGGAGGAGUGUUGGUUCACCGUGGAUGGGACGGAGCCCCGAACCGCUGCGCAGUCUGCCGGAGCGCCCGGGGCAGCGAGAGCCGUCCGGCUUACGACGAAUACGGAGAUAGUCAUUGCGCCUCGUACUCGACAAUCUCAAGCAGCUGCGGCGGCUGCUCAAGCACACGACAUCGGGUCGAGCUCCAGGGGCGGGAGCCAGCAGCAGCAGCGACAGCUCCACGGCGCUCUAGCCGCUCGGGCAAAGCUGAAGAAUCGCGUCUACAGGGUCCUGCCGGACUCAAUGCGGCCGCAGCUCGCUCGUGGGGAGGAAGGGGAGGGACGCGCCUGGGAUUUGGAAGGGGAGGCAGCCAUGCUUGUAGUGUGGGAUGGAGAUGGCGAGGCAGAGUCAGAGUCAGAGUCGGAGCCAGAGUCGGACUGGCAUCUCCUCUCCCAAGCGUAUGGAAAUGCAGCGAAAGACGCACACUGGGGCAGAGCGAGUGUAAAUGUCCAACCAUGUCCCUCGGCCCCCUCCAUCCGACCCCUCUCCGAGCUCCUGGACAAGGACAAUUCAGCCCCAUCAGCGAAAGCGUCAGCGUCAGCGUCAAGCAGCGGCCCUACUCCUCCUCCUCCUACUGCGGAAGGCUCCCGGGGCGCCCCGCCUAAGCAGCCAACCGCGACGACGUACAUCCUCAAGGGGGCGGCGACACUCAUGAGCGAGGAAGUGGCUUGGCCAGGGAGGUGGGUCUACCUCAAUCGGGCAUUGCGCGCCAAGCUGGGCGGGGUGGGAAUAGGGGAGACGAUCUGCUUCUCUGCCCCGCCCCCUGGCAGUGUGGCCGCCCCGCCUACCACGGAUGAAGCGAAGCAGCAGCAGAGCGUGAAGGCGCCUUCGUGGGCUGAAGAGGGGGGAAGGGAGAGCGCGAGCCUGCCAGGCUACGAGUCACUCCUCUCCCACGUCGACUCCACGAUCCGCAAUGCAGUCUCUUCCGCCUCGCUAGGUCACGCCUCGUCUUCUUCAACCAACAUACUCCUCACCGGCCCGUCAGGCGUAGGGAAAACGCUUCUCCUCACCACACUCUCGCAUCGCCUCUCCCCCUCCCUCCUCACGACUCUCUACGUGGAUUGCGCUCCGAUGGCGGAAAUGCGUCUCUCCCAGCUCAAGAGCACGUUUAGGGAGUGGAGGGACGCGCUUGAUUGGUAUGCAGAGGGAGGCGCAGGAGCGCAGGGGGGAGGGGCGAUCCUGAUGCUCGACAAUCUGGAUCGCGUCGCCAUUCCUGAGGUGGAGAAUGUGGACCCCACACGAGCGCGCGCCAUUGCUGAGGGAUACGUGCAGCAUCUCGCCGGGCAAGGGGCAGCGGGAGUGGUCCUAGCCACCGCGAGCGGGAGCACGGCGUUGCACAAGCUCCUCGUAGAGAAACAUGUGUGGAGCGAGACGCUGAGCGUCAAGCCCCCGGGCAAGACGGAGCGCGCUGACAUACUCAGGUAUUUGGUGGCCAAGAAGGCGGAGAGCUCCACCACUCACUCCAGCUCGGACGGCGACGACGACGGCGCGCCAGGCAUGGCAAGGAUCGAGGCGGACCCGACGCUCAACUACGUGCUGGUGGCGGCGCAGACGGAGGGGUACCUGCCGGCGGAUCUCGUCGAUCUGACCGAUCGAGCAAUCUAUCGCGCCGUGCUGCGCGUUGGGGGCGAGGAGCAGCACCAAGGUCAAGCGCGAGACGGCGGCCAAGCGCGAGACGGCGGCCAAGCAGAGGCCGAGUCCAAUACCUCGAACACGCCAUCGUCUCUGCGCCUCACCCUCCCCGACUUCACCUCCGCCCAAGAAAACUUCACUCCCCUCACACUGCGAUCCCUCUCCCUCUCCUCGCCCAGCUCAACCUCAUGGUCAAGCAUAGGCGGUCUCCACUCCACGCGCCGAAUCCUCCGAGAGACUCUCGAGUUCCCCUCACGCUACGCCCCCAUCUUCGCCUCUUGCCCCCUCCGGCUCCGCUCCGGUCUCCUCCUGUACGGCUAUCCUGGCUGCGGCAAGACCAUGCUGGCCAGCGCGGUGGCGAAGGAAUGUGGGGCCAACUUUGUGAGCGUCAAGGGUCCGGAGAUCCUUAACAAGUACAUAGGAGCGAGCGAAAAGAGCGUAAGGGACCUCUUUGAACGGGCGAGCGCUGCAAAGCCUUGCGUUUUGUUCUUCGACGAGUUUGAGAGUAUUGCGCCAAAGAGAGGCCACGACUCCACGGGCGUGACGGACCGUGUAGUCAACCAGCUCUUAACCCAAAUGGACGGCGCUGAAGGCCUCUCAGGCGUGUACGUCCUAGCCGCCACCUCCCGCCCGGACUUGAUCGACUCUGCCCUUCUCCGUCCCGGUCGACUGGACAAGUCCCUCCUCUGCGACAUGCCCGACGAGGGGGAUAGGGCGGAUAUCCUGCGUGCGGUUGCGAGGGAAGGGGGGAUCCAGGUCGAGGAGGCAGGGUGGGCAGAGAGAUGCGCGGGGAAGACGGAGGGGUUCUCGGGAGCGGAUCUGCAGGCUUUGCUGUACAAUGCCCAUUUGGAGGUGGUGCAUGAGGGGAUUGCUGCGGAUCAGGGCGGCGGGAAGGUCGCAAAUGGGGACGGGAAGGGUGACCAGGACGACGAGGGAGCUGGCUCACUCGAAUUUGCAGAGCUUACCGCCCUAGCAGAGGAGCAGGGGGAGGGAGCGGCUGCGGGUGCGGGUGCGGGUGCGAGUGCGAUCCGUCGCAGUGGAGCAGAAGAGCAAGCCCUCCGCCGUCGUCUGGAGCUAGCUCUCUCCAACUCCCGCCCCGCUCACUCCGACUCUCUCACCUCGCAACGUUCGCGCAACUCCAACUCCAAAGCAAACGGCACCUCCUCCCCCGCUCCAGCUCCAGGGCAUCGAGCCGUCACCUCCUCUCACCUUUCGCGCUCCUUGGCAGGUCUACGCCCCUCCGUCCCCUCGAAUGAACGACUGCGCCUCUCGCGGAUCUAUCGCGAGUUCGCUGGUGGGAAAGAGCGGGGGGAGGAAGGGUUUGGGACGGGAGAGGGGAGUAGAGAGGUGGGCGGGAGGGAGAGUUUGAUGUAG